AUGUCGGGCAGAGUCCCUCACGCUGCCUUCUGCGAGGAGUACGACGAGGACGCCAACGUCAUUCUCCCAGACACCCGUAGAGUCGCCAACGUCGCCGCAAAACGGUCCAAGACUGAAUUGAGACCUGCAGCGGACGGUGCAAGUGACUCCGGCUAUUCCAGUCGGACUGCAGCGACCGUCAACAGUGCCCAGUCCGGCCCCAGCGGACGGAGAAGCCCGACCCCUCUUAAAGUGAACACCACACUGAGGGGUAUCGAUCUGGCAAAGAUUCGUGAAAUCCGUGAAAGUCGCAAGGACAAGGGAAAGGAGAAGGAAAACCAGCGACCAGCCAUGCCCGGCAAGAUGCCUGUCGAGUCCCUACGCAGUUCGACCCGGGUCGCAUCGCACCAGCGGUCGCCAUCGAAGCCCAAGAGACGUGACAGUGUCAACGUCCGCCAUCAUCCUGGCAGUUGCUGGGAGUGUGAGCAGGGUCUCUAUCAUCCGUCGACACCCAUCGAUCCUCGAGCCUUAGAUUAUCCCUACUACGCCUCUCAGCCGCCUUCAGUCCAUGACUUCCCACCAGCACCCCCAUCGCCUCAGUCCGCCCGUUAUCCUCCUCCAUACGGUCCUGAGAUCCAGAUCGCCCAGCGAGGUCGUCGUGGCAGCCGCUCGAGCAGCGUCUACCACCCGAAUGGUCGACCCUUGAGUUAUCAUGGCAUGACGCCCGAGGUGAACAUGAUGUAUGGCAUGGGCACCAUGACUCAGUAUGACCGUGGUCCUCCACCCUCUGCAUCCGCGUACACAAACGCAUCGUCGUUCUCUCCGUCUCCAUACCAGCAGCAGCUGCAAUACGUCCCCCGACAAGACUCGGUUCCGCCGUCCCCCUACGAGCGACAACACGAACCCUUCGACUCUCGAGCGAGGGAGUCCAAGUCUCGACGUCGAUCGUCUGUAUACGGGCCGCCCGUAGUCAACUACGCACCAUCAACACCGGACUAUGACGAUGGUGAGCCGCUGGAGCGAAAGAGCUCCCGGGACCAGAGAUCAUCUCGUUAUUCUCAGACAUUCGAUCGGGAUGAAGACUAUUACCUCAUGCCGCCGCCUCCCGUGAAACAGCACAAGCCACAGCCACCUCAGGUGAUCCAAAGGCGUCCUGACCUGCCCCGCAAGUCGGCCACUACAGGAACCACCGGAACAGCACGGCGUGGCUCCCAGACGUGGGAUAUGUCGGAGUUGGAGGAUGCUCUUCCCGACCGCCCCCUGCGAAACCCCAUCCGGGAUGCAAUCAUCCCCGAGCGCAGUCAGAGUCUGCGGGGUGCACAUCGGCGGACGUCCUAUCAUGAGACCUCUCGCCCCGGCCGCAUUGCCAUCGAGGAUUCCCGCCGGCGCCGCACGUCAGUAUAUGACUAUGAGAGCCAGACUCCGACCCGGGAUCUGGAAGACAAGGCACGGGAUGCAGAAGAAUACCAGGCCGCUCGAGCUGGCAAGCCGGUCCCCCUGACGGCUGAUGCGCUGUUCAAGGCCAAGAACUCUCAUAGACCAGACAGUGACAGCGGCAGCCAGAAGAGCCGCUCCAACAGCAGCCGGGGAAGCGACGCAAGGACGCGCGAUGGCAGCGGCACUGGCUCCAAGGGCGACGAAGAGCACAGCUUUACUAUGAAUGUCAACGGUAUCACCAUGAGUUUCUCUCAGGAAUCAGUUGGUGGGAAGCGCAUCAACCUCAAAACGGGGGAGACGGGCGGCGUCGAACUGAAUAUUGAAGGAAGACGCCCCAAGAAAUACAUCACGUCACGCUCUGACUACACUAGCACCAGUGGGAGUGGCCGGAGAGAAAUCGAAGACCGACAUUCACGCGAUGACCGGCGAUCAGACCGCGCCAGUCGGCGCUCUAGUCGGUCAACGUACAGCAGUCGGGGGCUCCUUGAGUAG